AUGGCACAAGUAUGCCGCUUUUACCAGAUGGGCAGCUGCAAGUUUGGUGACUCCUGCAAGUUCCAACAUCCCGGCGCGGCUCGCAACAACCGAUUCCAAGUCUUCGGCUCGAACCCGGCGAGUAGAGCCACAGGCUCCGCGCCAUACUCCCUCUCCAAAGAUACCAUCGAAAAGGAUCUCACCUCCGAGCCCCCGACAUGGAUCCUCUCCUGCUACGGCCCCGGUCGAGACGCGCCCGAGCAACUGUUUGGAGGUUAUCCAAGAGAGCAGAGUACCGACGAGAUUAGGCUACAUUACGAGAAGGCAGUACAGGCUGGAAAGCAGCAACAAGCACUCCAAGAAAUCCAACAACUCUACACAAACGCCCAGCAGCAGAUGCAAAAUACGGUCUCGAAUCUCGAUAACGCGAUCCAAUUCAUCGCCAAUGGCGCGAAUAAACAUCCCAACCGGCUAGAUAUCAUCAGUCAAACCAACCCGCCGGGUGGCACGACGGGAGAGUUUGCCGUGGGGAAGCGCCCGAUGGGAGGUCAGCAACAAACUACGAGCCCAUUCGGCGGAGGUGGUACCGCCGGCGGCGGCGCCUUUGGAACGGCUCCCGCGACGGGGAGUGCGUUCGGCCAGCCGUCGACGAUGGGACAAAGACCGAGUCCCUUUGGAGCGCCCGCAUUCGGUCAACCUAGCCAGCCCAGUGGCAGCGCAUUUGGAAAGCCUGCUGCAACUCCUGUCUUCGGGAGCGUAUCCAAGCCCGUGUCGGCUUUCGGUACUUCAACUACACCGGCCUUUGGCCAGCCUUCGCAACCCACAUCUGCUUUCGGACAAGCGCCCCAACCUGGAAGCGCAUUUGGCCAAACAUCGACCCUAGGUGCGCGACCUAGCCCAUUCGGAGCCCCCGCUUUCGGCCAGCCAGCCCAGCCAGCUUCCGGAGGAAGUGCCUUUGGUCAGCCCUCGCAGAUGGGCGCCGGGACCUCGGCGUUCGGACAGCCCAGUGCCAUGGGACAGAAGCCUAGCCCCUUUGGUGCGCCAUCGGGUGGCACCGCAUUCUCUGCAUUUGCGGGUGGCGCCGCGGCCGCGACUCCUUUUGGCCAGCCCGGGCAGAAGCCAAGUCCCUUCGGUCAAUCUUCACAGCCGGCUACGACGAGCCCCUUUGGCAAGCCGGCACAAACCGCCACAACAAGCCCGUUCGGCCAACCAGCAGCCGCGAGUCCCUUCGGUCAGCCGGCUCAGCCUGCUGCAGCUAGCCCAUUUGGUCAACCUUCACAACCCGCGACAUCGAGUCCGUUUGGUGCUCCUGCUCAGACGGCCACUGCGAGUCCAUUCGGUCAACCUGUAGCCGCUAGCCCGUUUGGCGCGGCGGCUCAGUCUCAGACCGGCGCGGUAAACCCCUUUGCUAAGACGCAGGAUACUACCAUGGACACACAGCCAACCGGCGUGUUUGGAGCAGCGCAACCGGCUGCAACCACGAAUGUCUUCGGCCAGCCAUCUCAGGCCGGUGUUACUCCUAGUCCCUUCGGCGUGCCUACACCCACCGCUGCCGCCGCCGCCCCUUCCGAACCGCAAAACCCCUACCCUCCCGGCGCUCAGAUCCAACAUCCCCCUCCAUCGGCCUACUCAACCAGCUCCAUGGGCCGGCUCACUACCUGGAAGGGCCAACCCGUCACGUAUCGCGGCGACGUACCGGGAUACGUGAACCCUGCCACGCGUAGGUGGGUCAAGAUCUGGUUCCCGAACGGCCCGCCGGCGUAUAAUCCCGAGACGGAACCGCAGGACCAGGCGGCUAUCGCGUCGGCGAAGACGUUGUGGGAUGCGUUUGGGAAGACUGGGAGGUUUGAUGGGUUGUUGCCGGAGGUGGCACCUUUGAGGAUCCAGUGUCGGUGGGAUGUGUAG